GUGCGCAUUACAUAUGAUAUUACGUACAAUUGCACUACAAGAACUGCUCCUGAAAAAGGCUAUGCCCUCCCCUCUAUUAGUGGUUGUAAUGCUAUAUAAAGGGAGCUUAGGAGCCCAUAUUAGAAUCAGAAACAAUUAACUAACUAUGGGAAUUGAAGGCCCUCUCCUCCUUAUUCUUAUUGUUUGUGUUGCUUCAGUGGCUCGUGCUGAUGUCGACGCUGCACCGAGUGAUGAUGCAGAGGCCAACUGGUCUUUCAAACGAAGUAAUUUUCCAGAUGGUUUCAUAUUCGGGGCAGGAUCAUCGGCUUACCAGUAUGAAGGUGCUUGGAAUGUAAGUGGUAAAGGAACAAGUAAUUGGGAUUACUUCACUGAAACAUACCCAGAAAUGGUAAAGAACAAUGCUAGUGGGCAAGUUGCGGUUGACUUUUAUAAUCUUUACCCGGGUGACUUUCAGCUAAUGAAGCAGGUUGGAUUUGACGCUGUUAGAAUUUCCUUCUCAUGGGCCAGAAUUUUACCUAGUGGAAGGGAAAGUGAAGACCCGGGAGUUAAUCCUGACGGACUCAAGUACUAUCACAAUCUCAUCGAUGAGAGCUUAUCCAAAGGACUGGAGCCUUUUGUUACCUUAUUCCACUUUGAUAUCCCACAAGCCCUUCAGGAUGAAUAUGGAGGGUUUCUGAACCACAGAAUUGUGAAAGAUUUUCACGAUUAUGCUGAUCUUUGCUUUAGAGAGUUUGGCAAUAAGGUGAAAUACUGGAUCACUGUAAACGAGCCAUGGUCUUACACUUCCAUGGGAUUUGCCUAUGGUGCAUUUCCACCUGGUAGAUGUUCCAAGAAGGACAAAGGUUUGGAAAGUAAUUCCGGAGAUUUGUUUAGAGCUGGCAGAGCUUUUGGUGGUGGUGCUGCUAAUUCAUUUUCCACAAACUGCCCUGUGAAAGGUGAUUCGGGCACUGAGCCUUACAUUGUUGCGCACAAUAUACUUCUUGCUCAUGCACGUGCAGUGCAACUUUAUAAAAGGAAUUACCAGAGGAGUAGCGAAGGUAAAAUCAUGGGUCAAAUUGGUAUUGUAAAUGUUGUUCAGUGGAUGGUUCCAUCCGAUGCUCAGUCAAAAAAAGACAUUGAUGCAGCAAAUCGGGCCCUUGAUUUCAUGUAUGGAUGGUUUAUGGAACCUUUGAAUAGUGGCAGCUAUCCAUCUUCAAUGAUUGAACACGUCAAAGAGCGGUUGCCAAUAUUUUCAAAGGCUCAGUCGGAAAUGGUAAAAGGGUCUUUCGAUUUCAUAGGGUUAAACUAUUAUACUGCGGCUUAUGCAUAUGAUGUUGAUUGCAAUAAAAUCCCAAGCUACUUGACAGAUUCUUGCUCAAAACUUUCACCGAUAAACAAAAGUGGGCACCAAAUUGGUCCAAAGGCUGCCUCAGACUGGCUCUAUAUUUAUCCAAAAGGACUUGGAGAUCUUUUGCUCUACACAAAGAAAAAUUAUGAUAAUCCUGUUAUCUAUGUUACUGAAAACGGAGUUGACUUAGUCAAUCAGGAACAUAUCUCACAGGAUUUUAUGAGAACACAGUACCAUAGGGAUCAUCUUCGUGUCCUCAGUGGUGUCAUGAUUAAUAAACUCGUUGCGGUGAACAAGGUGAAUGUGAAAGGUUAUUUUGUUUGGUCAUUCCUGGAUAAUUUCGAAUGGUCUGAAGGUUACACGGUCCGAUUUGGCCUUGUUUUCGUGAACUAUGUUAACCAGACGUUGACCAGAUUUCCUAAAGACUCAGCCAUAUGGUUCAAAAAUCGUCUCGCACAGUAGUUUAUCUGUACCAAAAUAAAUCAGAAAAGAGAUAUCAUACUCUAUUCUGUAUUUUAAAUAAAGUUCUAAGUUCUGUCUACUUAAUUAUGUGCACUACAAAUGUAAUUAUGUGCACUAUUAUGUAACAGUGUCCUUUCAAUUUCUAUCUACAUAUCAAAACUGUGUGCGCUCCUAUUAUGUGUGUUAAGCAAUAAAACAAUGAAUUUUCAUUGUUAUC